AUGACACAAGCCGAAUCUUCCUCGAGUGCGCAAAAUGGCGCCAAAGCUGUCACUGCAGGUGCUGCUGUGGACUACGAGCUUCCUUGGGUUGAGAAAUACCGCCCCGUCUUUCUCGAUGACAUCGUCGGCAACACGGAGACAAUUGAACGGUUAAAAAUAAUUGCCAAAGAUGGAAAUAUGCCUCACGUUAUUAUCUCCGGCAUGCCCGGUAUUGGAAAGACGACCUCGGUCCUCUGUCUGGCCCGACAAUUGUUGGGUGAUUCGUAUAAAGAGGCUGUUUUGGAGCUGAAUGCUAGUGAUGAAAGAGGUAUCGAUGUGGUUCGCAACCGUAUCAAGGGCUUUGCUCAAAAGAAGGUCACCCUGCCGCAUGGCCGUCACAAGCUUGUGAUUCUUGAUGAAGCUGAUAGCAUGACACCCGGUGCCCAACAAGCUCUGCGCCGUACAAUGGAAAUUUACUCAACGACAACACGAUUCGCCUUCGCCUGCAACCAAUCGAACAAAAUUAUCGAGCCCCUCCAGUCCCGUUGCGCCAUCCUCCGUUACGCUCGUCUAACAGACGCCCAAGUCGUGAAGCGACUGACACAAAUCUGUGAAGCGGAGAAAGUCCAAUCCUCAGAUGACGGUCUAGCCGCACUCGUUUUCAGCGCCGAGGGCGACAUGCGACAAGCAAUCAACAAUCUGCAAAGUACCUGGUCUGGAUUUGGCUUCGUCAGUGGCGAUAAUGUGUUCCGUGUUGUGGAUAGCCCUCAUCCAGUCAAGGUUCAAGCUAUGAUCAAGGCUUGCUGGGAAGGUAAAGUAGACGCGGCUCUAGAGGGACUCAAUGAGCUCUGCACCAUGUUCCGAGUCACAAAGUCUAUUCCCACUCUCUCGGAGCACUCCAAGCUGGAAUUUGUUCGCGAGAUUGGUUUCACUCACAUGCGUAUCCUCGAUGGUGUGCAGUCGCUACUUCAAUUGAGCGGGUGUAUCUCGAAGCUAUGCAAAAUCAACAUGAAGCCCGAGCUUUUCGUGCCUCCCAAGGCAUAA